CUUGUUUGUGUGUUUGAAUCGCUUGGCAGAGAAAGCUCGAAAAGAGUAAUAUAUAUGGAACUGGGCAAUGGAAAUGGAUCAGGGGCAUCUAGACUUGACCGAAACAUGAAGGAGAGAGUCCGAAGAAAGCAUAUGAAAGAUCUUCUUUCCGAGCUCGCUUUUUUGACUCCUCUGCAAUCCUCUAAGGUUUCAGCGAUUGAGUUGUUGGAGCAUGCUACCAAUCAUAUAAAGCAAUUGCAAGAAAGAGUGGAGGACCGAAGGCGCCGAAGGGCAUUACUACUGAAAGAGAGUAGCGGUGAUGAAAAUAAAAAGACAAGCCGCUCAAGAUUACCUGAAGGAGCCGAAGUCAUAAGUUCUACUCAGUAUGUUGCAGGCGAUAGAAUCAUAUACAUAAUUAAGUCCCAGGCCAUCAGUUCGAGGAUUGGAAUCGAAACUACAAGAUUCGUCAGAGAAUAA